UAAGUGCAUGUGUCAGAGAAAGAGAGCCCGACCCGGGCUCUCCUGUUUUAGUAACAAAUCAAUAAUUUCCCACAGAAUAAAGUCAGAGCGCACCAUUCAGUGUCAUGUGCGUCUCCACGGCCUGGUUUAAGUUCCCUUUCUAAAGACCGAACACCUUCAGGAAAAAAAAGGAGAAAAAAAAAUUGUUUUCUUGCUGACGCUCCCUGGACGCGCACCUUAAUGCCUGGGAGAGAGAAAGGGAGCGAGGCAGACGGGGGAAGUCAUGCUGCACAGCUGAGAGGAGGUCUGUGUUAGAGCCGCGGCCGCUCGGGUUGUGUGUGUGCACAGAUGCAAAGUCAUCUCUUCUCCAGCAAUGAAUGCCUUCAUGUGGACGGCCGGUUAGUCGUCUGAAAAUACCUGGAAGCCCGACAGUCAGACCUCCCGUCUCUCCCUCCCUGCGAUAUGGACGGGUUGCAGCCAGAAAACGCCGGAGUUGGUGGGAUCCGGGAAACCGCCGAGGAAAAGUACGGAGCUCUCGCCUUCGACACGGCUCUUAGCACUUUGGUGGUAGUGGCUCUGUACGUGGUGGUGAAAGUCAGCCUCGACGGCUUCAGGCAAUGGCGUGCACGGAUCUCGGUGCUCAUCGUGGGCUCCGGUCCCGUCGGGCUGACGGCGGCGCUGGUCGCUGUCCGCUCCGGGAAGGUGCUGAAGCUGACCGUGCUGGACGAGCGGUACCGGACCGCGCUUCUCUGCCGGCCCCAGCAGAUCGCCCUGGAUCCUCGCAGUGUGAAGUUUCUGCUGGGACUCGGAGUGGACUUUGAUAACAUGGAGGGCUGCUGGCACAACGAGCACUUCUUCACGAGAAUAGGCGUGUUUCAGGAGUAUCUGCUGAGCAUCCUGGAGCAGAAGAAGCAGAAGGUGGAGAUCAAAGUGCAGCUGGGAACUAAGUUCACGGAAGAAUACCUGCAGCGGAUUCCGCACAAUGACUGGCCUCGAGUCAUCGUUGUGGCUGAUGGAUCGUGCGGAGACUCCUGCUCUGUCCUAGGAAUCAGCUCUGACUACAUUGUGGAGUCCUGCCACGCCUAUGGAGCAAAUGCUACCAUAGAAAGAUCAGACCAGAGACAGGUGCCCACACCUGAGAUACGUGCACACAACCUCUAUUUUGACCUGUCUGCGUAUGGAGUGGAGGCUCUCCGAGAGCACAAAAACCCCACAGCCAAGUCUGCCUUCCACCUGAAGAUAUAUGGCACCUUCAGAAACCGCUACAUGGCCCUCGCCUGUCCCACUUCUGACACCAAAAUGGUUCGCUACCUCAGACAGACUGCAAACUCCUCGAUCAUGAAGACCAUUUUCCAUGAAUCUUUCAAUGCCUACAAGACAGACAUUGAACCUCGUCUCAGCGAUGUGACGCUCCACCACAUGCAGUGCAGCCGCCGACUCUUUGAGAUACAGUUGUCACACAGACGCAUCAGCGCCGCCUACAUAGAAGGAGAAAACGUUGCCGUCAUUGUGGAGGGCGAAGCGGCACGCGUCCUCAACUUCGACACAGGGUUUGGGGUUAAUCUGGGAAUGCGAGGCCUUGAGUCAGUGGGGACCUUCAUUUAUCGGACGGCCACUGCUGUGGACCAGAAUGACAUUUUAGAGGCGCUGUCAGCUAAGAUGCAGUACUCCAAACAGGUGGCAGAGACCUUCAAGCAGACAGGUCUGACUGAGUCAAUGUAUGAAUGAGGAGGCAGAAGAUCCUGCUGUGUACUAAGUGCCACCCAGUGGACAGAAGUGGAUCAGAACAUGAAGACUAGGCCUGAAGCCUACACAGUGUUAAUCAUUUCAUUUCAGACUGUGCUUAAAGAAACUGAUCAGACAAAUAAUUGAGAAAAUUGGUAACUGUUUUCUGAUUUACAGGCAACAUAUGAAGUUGAUGAAAAUGGGAAAUGCUAAAAUUAUAUUCAGGAAACCAAGGACAAUCAUAAAGCUGCAACAAAAUAUUUUUCUGUGGUCUGUAUAGAAAAGAUGUUCUGCUCUAAAAUUGUUGAAAUUAACUGAAGCUACACCACUGCGGAUUAUUUUCCUCUAUUUUCCCUCCUUUAAUUAGACGAUCCAUUGACUUGAUUUCCAGUGAAUUGACAGUUGUGCACAAGAGCUGCUGGAGAAUAACAGAUUGUGUUGACGCAUCUGAGCUGAGAGUGGGAAAUGUUGGGGCUAUAAUUAACAAUGAUAUAAAAAACAAAAAACAUAUGCUAGAUCAGAUGAUGUAAGGCAGCAGCUGUUCCACUCGGGGUUUUCAUUGCCUCCUUUGUAUCUGUAUUUUUGGCUGCUGAUAAGGUGACAUCAUUUGAAAUAAUAUCUUUUUUUCCUUGUACAUUUUUUUAUAUGGACAGAGACAAUGUGGCCAUAUUGUGAUUUUGUUUUGUGCAUAUUUUCAUCCUGAUGAUGUGAAAUGUCUCAGUGAUGAUGAUGAUGUAGUUGAAGUGCCAAUAAAACUGAUUAACUCAUGCAGUGA